AUAAUAUUUACAUCCGAAGAGAGAUGGGUUUUGGUAGUGGCAGCAUCGCCGACAGAGUAAAAACGAAGACGAGGCGACGACGCAGGCGGCAUGACGGCAGGCGGUUCGAAGCCGGCCCCUCUCUUGUGUUGGAAGUGGAAGUGGCCGUGGGAUCCCCAAACCCAUUCCCCCGAUCCUAAUCCUUGCGGCAACCUCGACGCCCCUUGGCUCUUCAAGUCUCUGCAAACCCUAGCCUCCCUCGCCCAGAACCUCAUCCUCCUCCACCCACCGGCUGCCGACUCUUCGUCGCUCGGCGCCUCUGCAUCCCCCACCCGUCGUGAAGACCCAGCCGGCUCCCUCUCCAGGGACGAGCAGGGGGAGGCCGAGCAUCGCGCCCUGGCCCUCGCACUGGCGAGCGGGAAAGAGGCGACGGUCCUUGAGUUCUACUCCCCCAAGUGCCGGCUCUGCAACUCGCUGCUCGAUCUCGUGCUCCGGCUCGAAGCGAGGAACUCCGAUUGGGUCAGCUUCGUCCUCGCCGACGCUGAAAACGAGAUGUGGCUCCCCGAGCUUCUCCAUUAUGACAUUAAAUAUGUCCCUUGCUUUGUGCUUCUGGAUAAGCAUGGAAGAGCUUUAGCCAAAACAGGAGUUCCUACCAGCCGACUGCAUGUCAUUGCAGGCCUUUCUCAUCUCUUGAAGCUGAAGCAGCCACAGAAAAACGAUGAAAAGAAAUUUCCUUGAUGAUUACUACUACUAUCUCUGAAUUGGCUAUGCCUGACUAUUUCUGUCGAUAGAAUUGGCUAUCCCACUAGCAGUCCUGCUUUGGAUGUGGUUUUCAUCUGAGGUGAUGAUCAUUUAGAUAAAAGUAAUGUUACAAUUGUGGACAUCGGUCGACUUUGGAGUAAAAUCUUAGUUAUUAUUUGGAAGGCAAAGAUAUGAACUUUUAAAUUUC